GGAGCAUCAAUGGCAGUCUUGGUGGUGGUAAUAGUGGCUUGCUUGGGGUUUUGCAUCUGCUUGGCUCUGUUGAAAUGGAAUGAGAUAAGAUAUAAUAGAAGAAAAGGGUUGCCACCAGGGACCAUGGGUUGGCCAGUUUUGGGUGAGACCACUGAGUUUCUCAAGCAUGGACCAAGUUUCAUGAAAAAGCAGAGAGCAAAGUAUGGGAGUUUAUUCAAGACACACUUACUGGGGUGUCCCACUGUUGUUUCCAUGGACCCUGAGCUCAACAGGUACAUCCUCAUGAAUGAAGGUAAAGGGCUGGUUCCUGGCUACCCUCAAUCCAUGCUUGAUAUACUAGGGAAACGCAACAUUGCAGCCGUGCAUGGUGCCGCUCACAAGCGUAUCAGAGGCUCAUUGCUGUCUCUUAUUGGCCCUCAUGUGAUCAAAGAUGAACUGCUGCCAAAGAUUGGCAACUUCAUGACAUCUUUCCUUGAAAACUGGAAUGGAAAAACCAUUGACAUCCAAGAAACAACCAAUGAGAUGGCAUUGUUGAUAUCAUUCAAGCAAAUUGUUGAAAAGGCACCAAGUUCACUAUAUGAGAUUUUCAAACCAGAGUUCGAUAAAUUAUUAGUAGGAACAAUUUCACUGCCUAUAAACAUGCCAGGGACAAGUUAUCAUCAUGGUUUCCAGGGAAGGAAAAGAAUUGUGAAGAUGUUGAAACAGAUUAUGGAACAAAGAAGAGCUUCUUCAAUAGCCUAUGAUGACAUGCUGUAUUGCCUCCUCCAUAGCAAGGACUCAAAGUACAAUCUCAGCGAUGAGGAGAUAAUUGAUCAGAUUAUUACUAUACUGUACUCAGGUUAUGAAACCGUGUCGACGACUUCGAUGAUGGCCGUCAAGUACCUCCAUGAUCAUCCUAAAGCACUUGAAGAACUAAGAGAAGAACAUUUGGAAAUCCGAAAAAAGAAGAAACCAGGAGAGGCAGUUCAUUGGGAUGAUUAUAAGUCUAUGAGCUUCACUCGUGCUGUAAUAUUUGAAACCUCAAGGUUAGCCACAGUUGUUAAUGGGUUACUGAGGAAGACAACAGAAGAUAUGGUAUUGAAUGGGUUUACCAUUCCCAAAGGGUGGAAAAUAUAUGUUUAUACAAGGGAAAUAAACUAUGAUCCAUUCCUUUAUCCAGAGCCAUUAACCUUCAAUCCAUGGAGAUGGCUAGAUAAGAACUUGGAGUCUCACAAUUACUGUUUCAUAUUUGGAGGAGGCAGCAGGCAUUGCCCCGGAAAGGAAUUGGGCUUGCUUCAAGUUUCUAUAUUCCUUCACUAUUUUGUUACCAGUUACAGGUGGGAGGAAGUUGGUAGAAAUGAAAUCCAUCAAUUCCCAAGAGUUGAAGCACCAAAGGGACUGCAUAUUAGGAUAUCAAACUACCAUGCAUGAAUCUUAUUUAAUAAGGCAUUAUUUUUUCUUGUUUUCGAACGAGAAAAGCCGGAUUUCAUGUAAUUAUCUUUUAAUAAAGUACCGUAUAACUCUAUCAGCUGAAAAGCAAAGCAAACAAGCAGUAUGUGAAGCAAAAACGUUUUAAGAGCGGAAGGCUCAACAUGUCAUAAUGUAUGUGUAUAUCAUUAGAACUGUUUAACAGUGAGUAUGAACGUGGAAAAUGCAUGGAUCCAUGACCUUCAUUUGGCUGUCAAACCACGUUCUAUCAAAGCAAUACAAUCAUUUUUCAUUUCAA